UCCGUCAAAGCACUUUCUGUAAGAGCGCGCGAGUGUAGAGUGGCAUUCUUGUCGUUCCGAUGCUGUCUAGAUAGGCAUCGAUGUGUUUGAGACGCGGCCGUGCUGUCUCUUGGCAGCAAAAGAGGCUUUUGGGGUCUUACCGGAAAUCAACUUUUAUUUAUUUUUUUGUUUGUGUCUCAAACUUGUGACUGCUGAAAGUCGAAAGAGGAAAAAGAGCCGCAGAGUCCCGUUAAAGUUUAGCCUCAUACACAGUUCCUUGUUUUUCAUCGUCAUGGUGGAUGUGAGAAAGUGGAGACGAAGAGACGUCGACAGUUUUAACCCGAGAUAAAGUCCUGCGUCGGGCGUUUUCUUCUGCUCAUAACGGGAUCUUUGUUUUGUGUUUUUAAUAUCAUGGAAGAUGGUGUGAAAGAGGAGCCAGCCAAGCCCAAAGAGGUGACGAGCGCUGGGAAGGCCGGCUGGUUGAAGAAGUAUUCAGGGAGGUACUUUGGCAGCUACAAGGACCGAUACAUUCAUCUGGACCGAACAGUGAUUGCAGUCUAUGAGAAUGAGGAAUUGACAACAUGCCUGGAGAAACUGGACUUGGUCAACUAUGAGACUUGCCAUGAGUUAAAGAGUCUUUUCACGAAGAAACACAGACUGAUACUAAUACGAAGCCCCAAGUACGCUAACAAGGUCCAAGAUGUCAAACUUCAAGCACAAACCCCGGAGGAGAAAGAGGCCUGGAUAAAUGCACUGAGUGAAGGAAUCAAUCAGUCAAAGAACACAGUUUUUGAUGAGGUAAAAGUGGAUGAAAGCUGCUCUUUAGAACAUGUUACACGGAACCGACCAAAAGGGGACCGUGGAAGAAGGCCGCCAACAAGGAUACACAUGAAGGAGGCUGCAAAUGUUUCAAGUGAUGGAAUGUUGAGACUAGACCUUGAUGGUGAGGUCACGGUACAGAAUGGAACUCAUGGCUUGAAAACAGAAGGGGAUAAACAAAUGGAACCUUCUAAACCAUCUGCAGUGAUGAACAACAUUCCAGAGGAGGACACUGAUGAAGAGUCCACACCCCAGAAGAAAGUUAUAAAGCUGCCCAUGCCGCCAUCAAAAGACAACAAACCCAGUGAAAAUCAUAAAGAGGAUGAGGCCAAAAAUGAGGAACCUGCAGCUCAAAAGAGGACCCCACCGAUGCCUCCUUUGAAGGAGUUAAAACCUUGCGCCUCUGUUGAUGGGGCUGCUGUUGAGAAGAAUGUCUCGGAUAGUAAAGUGGAGAUUGAAGCAGAAAGCACUGACUCUUCCGAACCAACCUCUUCCACCAAGAGCAUCCAGCCCCCUACUCCCCCUUCCAAAAAUAUGAAGCCUACCCAACCGGUAACACCAGCCACAGUCACAAUAGAGGAAAAAGAGAAGAAUAAGGACGUUGAUGGUGAAGGUACCAAGCUAGAUGGAGUUUCAAAUAUGAAAGAAGACGUGGAUAAGUUAGAAGAGGUAGAGACCAUUGUUCUAUCUAAAAAGGUCAUGAAACCCGAAGUAGUGAUGUUGGAUUCACCCAUUAUGCCUUCAAAAGAACCUGAACAAGAAGUGCAAGACUCAAAGAAAGCCUCUGAGACCACUGGAGAAGUUGCAACCUCACUAGAACCUUCUCAACUUAAUCUUACUCCACUUUCAACCCCUGAAUCUGUGAAAAAGAGCCCCGGACCCCCUGCUCCACCCAAGAAGAAGCCAGGCAAGGCACCUGCCAAGAAAGAAGACACUGCCUCAAAAAGUGACCCAAUGGUCGUUGCGUCUUCAGAAACAGCUGACAUCAAAUUGGCUAUUCCAGAACCCAAAACUGAGCCAAUUGGUGAUGUGUCAAGUGAAGAUUUGGAGGAGAAGUCUUUAGACAGUGCCCAGCACUCAGGAGAGGAGUCUGAAACCGGUGAUCAUGUUACGCCAUCCUCUGCAAAGCUCAAAGGAAGCUCCCAGGAACUUGAUUUGGAGACCAGUGAGGAGGAUCUAAAACCUUCUGACAGCAAAGCCGAGAGCUUGGAGGAGCCAUUGUUAGAAACCCCAUCCACCACCUCAAAGACGUCAGUUCUCAAUGCAAAUUCAACCCCAAGUCAAUGUGCCAACAUGUCCCUGGACCUCACCAUGCCUCUCAAGCAUUCUUCAAAGGCCCGCUCCGCAUCCCUAGGUGACCUCCUUGUGGAGAAUGCAGAUAAGAUGGAAAGCAAGGAAAAAAAUAUGCCAAUUAAUCCACAAGGAAGUGACGUAAAGGACUUGCAAAGCAAAAUGUCUUCUGAGAUCAAAGAAACUGGAGAGCUGCUGAGUGCAAUCGUGACAGGACAGAGUGGUGAGACGGAAACGAAAGGGGACUCGAGCCCGGGGGUCAGGAAAUCUGACCAGUUAUUAAAGGAAGCCACAAAUCUUAACAAUCUUAAUAACAGAAACAGAUUAAGUUUUUAAUGGUAAAUGUUGGUGGAAGGAAACUGUAGGGAUGAUUGAUCUAUGCUGAAAAUUAAAUUUCAAAGUAUGAAAAUGAUCAUAUGCAAUUAUUAUCCCCAACCUUUUUCAAAUCUCUAAGAAACCUAAAACGACUAAGAUGCCUUAAGGCUCUGGUAUACUUUUCUCCCUUUCGCGCACAGCCG